UUCAUAUAUCCAUAUAUCGGAGUUCAUACUUUUAUAAGAUAUAACUACAUACGUAUUCCUCUCUCUUCAAUUCUCUCUCUCUCUUCAAUUCUCUCUCUCUCUCUCUCUCUAUAGUUUAGUUUAGUUUAGUAUAGUUUAGUUUGGGGUGAUCGAUCAGAUAUCAGAUCAGAGCAAUAAUGGGAACUCAAGGUCCUGAUGAUGAUGGCAAGGCCUACUACUCCAAAAAUGGUGAUGAGAGGACUGCAGAAGAGAAGGCAAUAGAUGCAUGGUUGCCAAUAACUUCAUCAAGAAAUGCAAAAUGGUGGUACUCUGCUUUUCACAAUGUCACCGCCAUGGUUGGUGCUGGUGUUCUCAGUCUCCCUUAUGCCAUGUCUGAACUUGGAUGGGGUCCCGGAGUAUCAGUGAUGAUCAUAUCAUGGAUCAUCACAUUAUACACAUUGUGGCAAAUGGUUGAGAUGCAUGAAAUGGUACCUGGUAAACGUUUCGACAGAUACCACGAACUUGGACAGCAUGCCUUUGGUGAAAAACUCGGUCUUUACAUUGUAGUACCCCAACAAUUGAUCGUUGAAGUUGGAGUAGACAUUGUUUACAUGGUCACUGGUGGAAAAUCACUCAAGAAAUUCCAUGAUUUGGUCUGCAAAGAUUGCAAAAGCAUCAAGCUCUCCUUUUUUAUCAUGAUCUUUGCCUCCGUCCACUUUGUACUCUCUCACCUUCCCAAUUUCAAUUCAAUCUCUGGUGUCUCUUUGGCUGCAGCAGUCAUGUCCUUGAGUUAUUCGACAAUUGCAUGGGGUGCCUCGGUAGACAAGGGAGUACAACCAGAUGUGCAGUAUGGGUAUAAAGCUACGACUAAAAUUGGUACGGUAUUCAACUUCUUCAGUGCAUUGGGAGAAGUAGCUUUUGCGUAUGCGGGUCAUAAUGUAGUCUUGGAAAUUCAAGCAACUAUUCCUUCAACACCGGAGAAGCCAUCAAAGAUAGCUAUGUGGAGAGGAGUUGUUGUUGCUUAUAUUGUUGUUGCCUUGUGCUAUUUCCCUGUCGCCUUUAUCGGAUAUUGGAUGUUUGGCAAUGCAGUCGACGACAAUAUUCUCAUGUCAUUACAGAACCCUACUUGGCUCAUUGCUAUGGCUAACAUGUUUGUUGUCAUUCAUGUUAUUGGAAGCUAUCAGAUAUACGCAAUGCCUGUUUUUGACAUGAUUGAAACUGUCCUUGUGAAGAAACUGAAAUUCAAGCCUACUUGGUAUCUGCGUUUUAUUUCAAGGAAUUUUUACGUCGCAUUCACAAUGUUUGUUGGCAUUACAUUCCCCUUCUUCGGUGGGCUUCUUGGAUUUUUCGGAGGAUUUGCUUUUGCGCCAACCACAUAUUUCCUUCCGUGCAUCAUGUGGCUUGCCAUCUAUAAGCCAAAGAGAUUCAGCCUGUCUUGGAUCGCUAACUGGAUAUGCAUUGUCCUAGGAGUAAUGUUGAUGAUUGUAGCACCUAUUGGAGGACUAAGGCAGAUCAUAGUCCAAGCAAAAGACUACAAAUUCUACUCAUAAGCAUCUCGGAGAUCCAAUACUACAUUACUACUAAACUAUAUAUAGUUGGAACAGAGGAAAUCAAGAAUGUCUGAUCUUGGCCUUGAGGAUGGUUGAUUUGUGUGUUUGGUCUGACUAUUCAUCUUGGUAGAUGUUUCCAUAUAGAUAUAGGUGUUUCUUUAUGUCUGCAUUUAUUGUGUGUAUGUGUGUGUGUGUGUAUAAAUAUGUUUACUGUUUUCUGGAAUUUUUAAUCCUUGAAUGAUUAAAAAGAAGAAAAAAUUAUCAGUGUAAAAUUUAGAAUACAGUCAUAAUGUUGUACAAUUCAAAUGGAAUAUGAGUUAAAUUGAUUUUGUUUAUGGUGUUA